CGCGACCCAGUGACCAACCCAAAUCAAAGCCGACGCGCUCGAAGCCGCUAGAAGAAGAAGCAGCCAUCCGAGUCGUCAUCGGCGGCGGCGGCGGCGGCGGCGAGGCGAUGGGGGUGGUGGGGGCGUUGCUGGGACCGGAGGCGGAGGCGCUGGUGAGGCUGCGGGCGGCGGCGUGGCGGCUGCGGAGGGAGGUCGCCGCCGCCACCGACGACGACGAGCACUGGGCCUUCGCCUACUCCAUGCUGCACCGCGUCUCCCGCAGCUUCGCCAUCGUCAUCCAGCAGCUCGGCCCCGACCUCCGCAAUGCCGUGUGCGUCUUCUACCUCGUGCUUCGGGCGCUCGACACCGUCGUUCUGUUCUGAUUGGAGUGCAGAAGAUGAUACUAGCAUCCCUACUGAGAUUAAGGUGCCCAUUCUUCAGGAAUUCCACCGUCAUAUCUAUAACCGGGAUUGGCAUUUCUCAUGUGGAACAAAGGACUGCAAGAUUCUGAUGGAUAAAUUCCACUAUGUUUUGACAGCUUUCUUGGAGCUUGGUUCAGGAUACCAAGAGGCAAUUGAAGAAAUUACCAGGAGAAUGGGUGCAGGAAUGGCAAAGUUUAUAUGCAAGGAGGUUGAAACUGUUGAUGAUUAUGAUGAGUACUGUCACUAUGUGGCAGGGCUAGUCGGCAUUGGACUUUCAAGGCUCUUUCAUGCUGCUGGGUUAGAAGAUCUUGCUCCCGAAUCGCUUUCUAAUUCAAUGGGUUUAUUUUUGCAGAAAGUCAAUAUUACUCGGGAUUACCUGGAGGACAUAAAUGAGAUACCAAAAUCACGCAUGUUCUGGCCACGAGAAAUAUGGAGUAAAUAUGUUGACAAACUUGAGGAUCUCAAAUACGAAAAUAAUUCAGUGAAGGCAGUAAAAUGCUUGAAUGAGAUGGUGACUAAUGGUUUAAUACAUACUGAAGAUUGCCUUCGGUAUAUGUCUGCUCUAAAGGAUAUUACUAUUCUCCGUUUUUGUGCAAUACCCCAGGUAAUGGCACUUGCAACCUAUGCUCUGUGCUAUAACAAUGUGAAUGUAUUUCGAGGAGUUGUGAAGUUGAGGCGUGGGCUGACUGCACGAAUAAUCAAUGAAACAAAUUCUAUGGCUGAUGUGUACACUGCUUUCUAUGAAUUCUCUUCACUGCUUGCAGAAAAGAUUGAUGAUAAUGAUCCAAAUGCGUCGCUUACACGGAAACGUGUGAAUGCAAUAAAGGAGACCUGCAAAUCAUCCGGUUUGCUGAAGAUAAGGGGAUAUGACUUGGAUAGGCCAAAAAGGAACCCUGCUAUGAUCAUGAUGCUACUGCUGCUCUUGGUAGCUAUUUUCUUGGGAGCUCUGUAUAGGAGGUGAUCGAUCCUCUGUAAUGACCACCUACGUACCUUUCUAUUCAACAAUCUUAUAACCUAUAUUGUUUCAGCCCAUGAGACCACCAUAAACAUAUUUUUGUAUCAGUACUGUUGUAUAAGUGGAAGACUAACGUUAGAUGUUGUGCUGGUUGCUAAUGGUCAAUUUAGCACGUCAAGCUAUAUCUCUGAUAGUUCACUAUACCUCUGGUUACGUUCCUGUAAAUUAAUAACUAUAUUCAUCCCAAUAUCUGUUCUGUUGUGUGAAUUAGGCAGUAGAUACACAGAGCGUGGUGUAUAUAUAGUUUGAAACUGUUGCAUAUU